UUAGUUUCUUAUAGAGAAAACUUCCAAAAUGCAAGUUAAAAAUGAAUGGUUCUAACUUCUAUUUAACCCAACACUCACUUGCUUCGGUCCAUAGAAAGAGCGAGAGAUAGAGAAAGAGCCUUUUAAAAACUCCAUCUUAAUGGCUCUCAAUACUUGCUACCAAGACACUGCGACCCUCGUGACGUCCUCUGUUUCCGACGACAGUAACUACAUUGGGACAAUGAGCUGCUUUGACGCUUUCUCUGACAAGACAGAUGAUGUCCAGUUUCCCUGUGAGAGAAGAGAGGAGAAAAAGGUGGUGACGCCUGAGAUACGCCCGUCUCCGAUAUUGCCGUCGAACGUUCCGUCGGUGCUGAAGCGAGAGUACACGAGUGAUGGUCGGCUUUUACUUAAGGAAGAGAAAAUGCGUGGUCACGAGUAUAUUCGAGCUCACAGAUCCAAUGGUCGUCUCAUUCUCCAGCUAGUCUCUCUUGAUCAUGAUGAUAAAUCGUGAGUCAGAUGUCAAGGAUGGUGAUGAAUGAUCAUCACUUGGAAGUCAAGUUAUGUUUGAAGGCUGAGAACUUCAACAUAACUUGACUUCACAAUUUUUUUUUCAUAUAAAUUUCUGAAUUAGCGUUCCGUUUAGUUUUGGCGGGUUUCCUUCUACCAUGUUCUUGUAAUCUCCGAAACUGAAAGGGAAUGUUAUUUGCCCAAAUUAAGGUUUAUGACAGAUAAUUAAAUUAUAGAUGUGGGUAUCUUCUAUGUUCAUUGGUCAGUGUUGGUUUGGUCUUGGACCUCUUCGUCAUUGCGAUUGGUA